AUGCUUAAAACCAACGCUAAUAAAUUGAAGAAGAUUCAUGUUAGGUCAAAUCUUCGCCAGUUUCUGGAUUGUGUCCGAAGUGGCGAUGUAGAAAAAGUUAGCAAGUGGUUGAAUAAGGGUUUGGAUCCCAACUUUCAAUGGAAAGACACUGGAGACACGCCACUGAUUACGGCAAUAAAGCUUGAAAAGCCCAGGGAGAUGAUUAUGGCUUUGGUGGCUGGUGGGGCUCAUUUGGAUUAUAGAUCAACGGACACCAUGACACCACUGCAUCGUGCUGCAGCGAUUGGGAAUUAUGAAGCCAUAAAGGUGUUUUUGGAUUUGGGACAAUCUCCUAACACCAGGGAUCAAUACCAUCUCACUCCCUUGUACUACGCGGUCUUAAAUGAUACCAUUGCCCUGUGCACCGAACGACUGUUAUACGAUCAUGCCAUUUUGGGAACUGCGGAUGAAGCUGGUUUGCAAGAAAUACACCAGGCGUGUCGUUUCGGGCGGGUGCAACAUUUAGAGACCCUCAUCUUCUAUGGCGCUGACAUCAAUAGCCAAACUUCGAAAAACGGUCAUGCAUUGCUUCUGACAAAUCUUGUCGAUCAAAGCCUUCUGCAUGUAGCUGACGUUCUUUAUGUUCUGCCAAUCUCCGGGUGA